AUGGUAGACAGUAGCAGCCAGGACGUCCACCCCAUGAAGAGAAACAUUGAGGGGGGAAGUAACUCCAAGGAAGGAUGUGAAAUUUUUCCAAUUAGUGAUAACUCCAUGGUGAUAGACACUAAUCUUGUGUAUGUCCGAAUUGGUGGCAGCGAUGGCCAUUUGGGAAAGCGGAAGAGAGGAGUGGAGGACGCGCAAUAUAUGGAGGAUAUACAGGGGAGAUACCAGGAGGGGUCCCACGUGAACUUUAUGGAAUAUUCACCUCAUGGUGAUGACGACGAAAUGGGUGACGCUAGAGGAAUCAUGCUAAUAAGCGGAAGGUGUACAGGAAGAAACCCUCCCCCUGUGAACAGAGGCAAAUCUAGCAAGCCUAUCCAAUUGCAGGAAGACAACUUCGACGAAGAGAACACCCUAUUGGAGGAUGACGACGGAGAGACCGAACUUUUAAUGAGCGGCGACCAGGUAAAAAACAUGGUAAUGGAGGACUAUGAAGACAAUUUGUCCGUUCCAUCGUCAGCACAAAGUAAUUAUGGUAAGUAUAAAGACGUGGAUCCAGAUCACCUAAUUUAUUUAUAUGAAAAUGAAAAUGUGGGAGGUUUGAAGAGUACAGAAGAAUUAGCGGCGGAAGAAGGGAUAGCCGAAGUAACGACAGAGGAAGUAGAAGGAGCAGAAAAAGCAGAAGAAGGUCCUGUUGCCAGAUAUUUAGAUAAACACUAUAAGGGACAAAUAAUCAUCGAUGGGAAAAACCAAGUGGACGAGCUGUUGCUCGCAACCAGAAUGGCCUAUUUCGACAUGGCUAGCCAAAAUAAAGAUGGUGCCUCUGAGAUGAUAAAGCAUGAUACUUCUGUGGAUUUUUUAAAAGCCGAUCAGGGUGAGGGAAACGAAUCGAGUGUCGACUGUUCCGAGGAUGAGGGCUUCGACAGGGAUGAAUAUGUCGAGGAAUUUGGCCAAUCCUUUGAAGACAGUAGUGUCGAUGACGGUGAACAACCUGUUUGCGAUCCAUUUGUGCCCAUUCCGGGUAGCCCUGGAGAAAUCGAUCAGCAGGAGGGGCAAAACGCAGAUGCGCACAACGGAAGUGUGCACGGUGAGGGUGGAAAGAGCGCAAAGGGGUGUGUGGACAUCACGAAAGAAACCAUCCAGGAGAUCAUCAGUGACGACUCAGAAGAUGGAAUGGUGAACAGCAAAACGAACGGGGAGACCAAAAGGGAAACUACCGGAGAGAGCAACAGAGAGACCAACGGAGAGGUUAGCGGAGAGCCCCUUAGCGAAGAUAUAGCAGCAAAUACGAUGAUGGACAAAUCAGCAGAGUGUGUCUUCCCGGAAGAAAAAAAUCAAUUCAGGAAGCAAAGUAGAAUAAGAUUAAUUGGAGCCCCCGAAAGUGUGAAAGAGGAUAUAUCAAUAGAAAAAAUAGGGAAAUUGAUGAAAUUACAAGAUGAUGUAUUGACUGUGCAUGCAUUCAAAUGUGAAUUCUACUUAAGUGUUUCGUCUGUUUUGUGCCUUCAGAAUCGAAAGAUAAUAGGGUGUAUUAUUAAUGUGAGCUCGAACGAGACAGAGAUCUUCUACUACGCCAGCGUGCUCUUCCCAAAUGUGAAAAACGAAUUAACGCCCAAUAUAGAUAUAUAUGUCGACAAAAAACAUGCAGUGUACAUGAACGCAGGGGUGAACAUCUGCUCGGAAUUGUUCAAAGUAUUUAAGAACCCAGCUAUACCUUUCGUUUUUAUUAACUACAAAGAUUUGUACAACAUUGCCGACUCGCAGUUAGCCGAGAGUAGCAAUCAGAACAGAGAAGGGGGAGAAACUAAUAAGAGUACAAUGAACACUGGCAAACAUAAUGAACAUACCAUUUCCGAUUGGCUACGUAACGUUGCAUCGUCAACCAGAACACAGGAAGGAAAAAAUGCAAACAAAACAUGGCACAGAAAUGUCUCUUCCCAAAAUGCUACCCCCUACGAUACCCCUAAUAAAAAUAACAACCAUCGAGCGUAUGGGAAAAUCCACGUUCCCCCCAGAUGGAGAGGUGCACGCAAUUAUGCCAAUGUAUCCUCUCGACGACCCUCAAAUUAUAGGUUUAAAAACUUGAGUUACGUAAAUUCAGUCCGAGCUCACAAAAUGACCAACCUGCAUAGUAAUGACUCGGCUGGUGUGCGUACGCGUGAGGGAAAAAGUGGUGCCUAUGUUGGAGCGCCUAUAAUGAAUGGAAAUACCUGUUACGGUGGUGCUAGCAGUAUGGGAAGCUCCUACAACCGUGAGCACACCGAGAACUACGGAAGUGGCACUCCCCACGAUGUCUCCAUUUCCGAGAUGCACUGUGGCUACAUCACAGACCCCAACGUUACAAAAUGUGACGCUAUACACUCCAGCGUUACACAUUACAACGCUACGCACCCCAAGGCGAUUUGCGAGCAGAAUGCACACCACCACCCGACAUACCCCCCUCCGUUUUUGCCCCCCCAAUAUAACAAAGAAUUUGCAAGCCACGAUUACUUCCGGACGACCAUGUGUAACCAAUUUUACGAAAGGGAAAGUGGCUACCCCGGUGAAGCCACAAAUGACACCCAUCGUGGGUCCCUCUACCGCAUGCACAAGACAAAUCACGCGACAAAUCGUACGAACAGAUACUUAUAUAACAGAAUGAAAAGGGGCCCUCCGUUCAGUAACAUUAUGAUUGCGAACUCAAAUGGCCGAGGCUUCUUCGAAACGGAAAAGAAAUCAUGUGCGCUGCCCCAGCCGUAUAACCUACAUAGCGAUAGACCCCUAGCUAAUGUGCACGCCGAUUAUAUGGAGAGUCACAACCAUUCACGAAACCCUAUUAACAGGAGCAGCUCCCCCAAUUUAGAGAUUUCUUAA